AUGCCGCAGCUAGAAGAAUUCAAGCGCAAGAAGCAGGCGGCUCUGGCCAGCAAGAAGGCAGCAGCAGCCCCAGCGCCAGUGGCGGCACCGUGCCCGCAGCCACACCCAGUGCCGCAGGCGGUACCGCCGCCGGCGCAGCAGCACCGGCAGCAGGCACCUGCGCAGCAGUGGGCGCCUGCCGCCCAGGCUCCCAUGUUUGGCACCGGGCCUCCAUCUUUCCCGGGGAGCCCUGCCAAAGCGCCCGCAGCAACCGUGCCCAUUCCAGCUUCUGGCAUGAUCUCAGGCGCAGCAGCUGCACCCUCCGCCGACCCCAAGCCUCACGCACCACCCGCACAGGAUUUGGCCGGGGCCGUGGCGGCAGCCGUGGCGGAAGCCACCGCCCCGCUGCAGGCGCAGCUGGCUGCUGCGCAGCAGCGCGAGUCGCAGCUGGCGGCGUCUGUCGAGCGGGCGGAGGGCGAGCGGCGGCGGCUGCAGGAGGGACUCGAGGCGGUGGACGCAGAGCGGCAGGCCCUGCAGCGGGAGAAGGCAGGCAAGUGCGCCGCUGCUGAGCUGCUGGGGGAGGCUAUGUCGCUGCGCGUGGCGGCGGCCUCCCAGGAGCAGGCGCAGCAGGCUGCGGCCGAGGCGGCGCGCCAGCUGGCGGCGGCGCAGGCGGAGGCGGCGGAGCUGCGCCGGGAGCUGCAGCAGCAGGCGCAGCAGGCUGUGGCCGCAGGCGAUGCGCAGCUGAGCGCGCAGCUGGCUGCGGCGCAAGUGGAGGUGGCAGAGCUGCGGGGUGCGCUGCUGCACCAGGAGGCUGCUGCCGCCCAGGCCGCGCAGCAGCUGGAGGCGGCUCGCGGCGAGCUGGCGGCUCUGCAGCAGCAGGCCGAGGCGCAGCGGGCUGCCGCGGCAGAGGCGCGCUCGCUGCAGCAGCAGCUGCAGGCGGCGCAGCAGGAGGCGGCGGCCGCCCGCGAGGAGGCUUUAGAGCUGGAGCGGCAGCAGGGCGCCGCCUCGACUUGCGAGCAGCGGCUGCAGCAGGAGGCCGCCGCCGUACAGCAGCAGCUGGCCGAGGCGCAGCGGCAGGUGCAGGAGCAGGAGGCGGCGCACGCCCGGCAGGUGUCCCUGCUGCGGCAGCAGGUGGCAGAGGCGGAGGCGGCGUGUGCAGGCGGCGGCGCCGCCAGCCCCGCCUCUGCUGCCGGUGCCGAGGAGGCGCUGGCAGCCGCCCGAACAGAAGCGGAGGGCCUGCGGGCGGCGGUGGCACAGCUGGGCAUGCAGCUGGCGGCGGCCUCCCAGCAGCAGCAGGGGGCGGCCAGCCAGGUGGCAGCCAAGCUGGCUGCUGCAGAGGCGGAGGCCGCCGAGGCUCGCGAGGCGGCGGCAACCUCCGCCCUGCAGUCUGCCGAGCAGCGGCGGCAGCUGGAGGCGCUCUUGGAGGCGGCAAGGGGGGAGGCGGCGGCGGCCACGGCAGCGGCCGCAGCGGCCGCGGCCGGCCACCAGCAGCAGGGCGCAGCGGAAGAGCAGGCGGCGGCGGCGGAGCAGCAGCAGGUUGGCGCGCUGGAGGCGCAGGUGGCUUCCCUUCAGCAGCAGGUGCAGGACGCGCAGCAGGGCGCGUGGGCGCAGCAGGAGGAGGCCGCUGCUUUGCGGCAGCAGCUGGAGGCCGCCCGGCAGGCAGCGCUGUCGCAGCAGGAGCAGGCGGCCGCCUUGCGCCAGCAGCUGCAGGAGGCUGAGCAGGCGGCGGCGCUGGCGCGGCACCAGGGCGCGGCCGCGGCAGGCGCCGGCGCGGAGGCGUCUGCCGCCGAGCUAGCGCAGCUGCGCGGGCAGCUGCAGGCGGCGCAGGAGGAGGCGGCGGCGGCCAGGGAGGCGGCGCUGACGGCGGCCGAGGAUGUGGAGAGCAUGCGGGAGAGCCUGGCUGAGGUGGCGCUCGCGCAGCAGCAGGCCGACGCGGCGGCCAGGGCGGCGGAGCAGCGGACGGCGGCGGCCGAGGCGGUGCGUGCUGAGCUGGAGGCCAGGCUGGCGGCCCUGCAGGCGGCGGACUCCCAGGCGGAGCUGCAGGCUGCCGAGGUGCGCGGCCUGCGGCAGCAGCUGGAGGAGGCGCAGCAGGCGGCCGCCGAGGCCGCCUCCGCGCAGGCUGAGGCGGCGCUGCGGGCGGCGCAGCAGGAGGGGGUGGGCGCGGCGGCCGCCGCGGCGCUGGCGGAGGCGCAGCGGCAAGGCGAGGGCCUGCGGGCGGCGGCGGCGGCGGCGGAACAGCGGUUUGCGGCGGAGCGGCAGCAGCUGGAGGCUGACGUCACCACCGCUCGCAACGAUCUGGCCUCUGCCAUGCACGACGCCGCCACCGCGCAGGCGGAGGUGCGGCGGCUGGAGGAGCAUCUGGACCAGCUGCUCGCCUCCCCCGCGGCCGCCAGGCGCGCCACCCAGCCUGCGCGCUUGCAUGGACUGCGGCCCGCCGCCAGCGGACGGGGCGACGACGCCGCCGCGCUGCGCCACCGGCUGGACAAGGCGGCGGCGCUGGCGCGGCACCAGGGCGCGGCCGCGGCAGGCGCCGGCGCGGAGGCGUCUGCCGCCGAGCUAGCGCAGCUGCGCGGGCAGCUGCAGGCGGCGCAGGAGGAGGCGGCGGCGGCCAGGGAGGCGGCGCUGACGGCGGCCGAGGAUGUGGAGAGCAUGCGGGAGAGCCUGGCUGAGGUGGCGCUCGCGCAGCAGCAGGCCGACGCGGCGGCCAGGGCGGCGGAGCAGCGGACGGCGGCGGCCGAGGCGGUGCGUGCUGAGCUGGAGGCCAGGCUGGCGGCCCUGCAGGCGGCGGACUCCCAGGCGGAGCUGCAGGCUGCCGAGGUGCGCGGCCUGCGGCAGCAGCUGGAGGAGGCGCAGCAGGCGGCCGCCGAGGCCGCCUCCGCGCAGGCUGAGGCGGCGCUGCGGGCGGCGCAGCAGGAGGGGGUGGGCGCGGCGGCCGCCGCGGCGCUGGCGGAGGCGCAGCGGCAAGGCGAGGGCCUGCGGGCGGCGGCGGCGGCGGCGGAACAGCGGUUUGCGGCGGAGCGGCAGCAGCUGGAGGCUGACGUCACCACCGCUCGCAACGAUCUGGCCUCUGCCAUGCACGACGCCGCCACCGCGCAGGCGGAGGUGCGGCGGCUGGAGGAGCAUCUGGACCAGCUGCUCGCCUCCCCCGCGGCCGCCAGGCGCGCCACCCAGCCUGCGCGCUUGCAUGGACUGCGGCCCGCCGCCAGCGGACGGGGCGACGACGCCGCCGCGCUGCGCCACCGGCUGGACAAGGCGGAGCGGGCGGUGGAGAAGGAGCGGCGGGCGGCGCAGCCGCUGCUGGUGCUGCUGCUGGCUGUGUGGAGCAGCGUGCCGGCUGCGCCACAGGUAUGUGGCUCAUCGCCACCAGGGUGCGAGGACCUGGAGCGCCAGCUGGCGAGGGUGCAGCAGGAGGCGGCCCAGAGCCAGGCGGCGGCCGCUGCCGCGGCUGGAGCCGCCGCCGCGUCGCCCCGCCAGCAGGCGCCCGACCAGCAGCUCGUGCUGGCCGCGCGGGUGGCGGAGGAGCGGGCGGCGACGGCGGAGGCUGUGGCACUGGAUGCCCAGGCGCACGCCGACGCCUGCCAGCGCAUGAUGGAGAGGCUGGUGACUGAGAACGACGCGCUCACAGACCACCUGAACCGCCAGGCGCUGGAGCUGACGGGGCUGCGCUCCGCCAUGGCCGCCGCCGCGCAGUUUGCGCAGGCCGCUGACGCCGACGCGGCGGCGGCCGAGGCGUAUGCGGCGGCGGCGGUGGGCUACCUGCCCCCAGCCUCGCCCAUGCGCCAGCUGUCGGGAGGCCUGGGCAGCUUGCAGGCGCAGCUGUCGGAUGCGUCCGCCACGGUGGCGGCGGCCGCCGCGCUGCCCUCCCCCUCCGGACCCUCCUCCUCGCUCUCGCCCCGCCCCGACUCGGCGGGCGCGGCGGCGGCGGCGGCCGCGGCCACGCCGCCCACCCCCGGCAGCGCGGGAGGCGGCGGCGCGGUGUGGGAGCUGCCCGGCGGCGUGAUGCUGUCGGAGCAGCAGCUGCAGCUGCUGGCGCUGGCGGAGGAGGUUGAGAAGCUGCAGCUGGAGGUGGACAAGCAGCGCAGCAGGAACGUGCAGCUGGAAGCGCAGCUGGUGAACGCGCCGCAGCAGCAGGCCAUGGUGGCCGCGGCACCUGGUGCCAGCGCCUCUGGGCCAUCCGUGAAGAAAGGCAGGCGGCGCGGCUACUCGCUGUGGCAGUGGAUCGCCGGCGCUGACGUGGCUGAUGCCGAGGCGGAGGACUGA